AACAAACAGCGGAGACUGAGCAGCACGCUGCGCAAAAUCGUCACACACACUGACAUUUGCUGAAGAAGAACAAUAACCAUUUUUAUAACUAGAAAACGUAAUUUUUAUAAAAAAGAAAUAAACGAAUAGUGUAAAGCAAAUGUUUUCUCCCUGCAGCCGGGGGCUUUAGGAAACUGCAAGGAAGUCAUCAUGUGAAGAAAAAAAAUUGUUAAACGCACAAAAGGGCUGGAUUACAAGAAAAAAAGCGAAAGUUAAAAGGGCGUGAGCGGAAUGUCCGUGGAUGAGAAGCCUGAAGCCCCCAUGUACGUGUAUGAGUCGACGGUUCAUUGUACCAAUAUACUCCUGUGCCUGAACGACCAGCGGAAGCAGGAUAUCCUGUGCGAUGUGACUGUCCUGGUGGAGGGAAAGGAGUUCCGUGGCCACCGGGCCGUGCUGGCCGCCUGCUCAGAAUACUUCUUGCAGGCUCUGGUGGUACAGGUCGAGAAUGACUUGGUCCUCAGCCUACCUGAGGAGGUCACUGCCAGGGGAUUCGCCCCAUUGUUGCAGUUUGCCUACACUGCUAAGCUGUUACUCAGCAGAGAAAACAUCCAGGAGGUCAUCCGCUGUAGCAAAUUCCUGCGCGUGCACAACCUGGAGGACUCGUGCUUUCGCUUCCUGGAGGCCCAGCUCCGCAGUGAGGAGGAUGGCCUGCUGCUGUGCCACAAGGUGGCGCCGGUCGAGGGCAACCACAAGACCGAGGACGAGAACAUGCAGUCUGAGACGACAACAAAGACACCCUCCCCCCAGGCACGCCGGCGCUCUGAAGCCCUUUCCUCCUUGCGGCGCGCCCCGGACAAGGACCAGCUACCCGUGGCGGUGCCCAGUGACUUCAGCAACGUACGACUGGACUUCGACAGACACGGAGCAUCCGACCUCCCCCGCUGCCCCAAAUACAGGAAAUACCAGUGGGCCUGCAACAAGCACAAUAACGACACCUCCUCACACACCAGUACCUCAGGUUUACCAAGCACAUUAUUAUUAAAGGAGACCAGCGGUGUCAUCAGCGGAGGGGCGGUCCGGGGCCAGAGCAUGUCGCCGGUGGCAGACAUCAAAGUGGAGCCGCGGGCAGAGGAAGAGGCCAUCUCGCUGUGCCUGUCAGGGGACGAGCAGGGCGGCCUGGACAAGGAGACAGGCAUGGAGAUGGACAGUGUCCCAGUGUUGUCCGCCUCCUCCGCCAAGAGGAGCAAGUCCCCCACCUGCCUCCGCGCCUUCUUCAAAAAAGGAGCAGACCUGCCGGGUCUGCCCAAUGUGUCGCAGCAGCUAUUUGCCAACAGACUCGCCAGCGUCUGCCCCCAAGACAAAGGAACCACUCUGGAAGAUCACAAAACAAAAUACUUCAGGCCUCUCAAUGCUGGGGAGCUGGGCCUGUCUGUUACAUCCCUGAAGGAGGUAGACAGCUUCCCUCUGAGUCUAUCGUCGCUGAAGUCCACCUCCUGCGACGGCGUCUGCAAACAGGAAGUGGAGCUGGACCGCCGCAGUGUCAUCUUUUCCUCCUCAGGGGCCUGUGACCGUCUGGGCUCCCCGGCGCAUUCCUACCCCGGCGGGAGCACUUUGGAGAUGGAGCUCUCGGAGCACACGUCAAUGGGCCUGUGGGCUGGUGCCAGCCAGUCCCUUCCCAGCUCCCAGACCUACUCCCCGAGCAGUGCCCCCUCCCUCGCCUCCGCUACCACCGAGCCCCCGCCGGUCCUUUGUCGCCCGCUGCCAAACACCAGCUGCCCAGUGCCAAUCAAGGUGUGCUCGCGCUCGCCGCCCUCUGAGACACGCACACGGACCUCCAGCUCCUGCUCCUCCUACUCCUACGCGGAGGACGGGAGCGGCGGCUCACCCUGCAGCCUGCCCCAGUUUGAGUUCUCCUCCUCGCCGUGCUCCAACGUGGCGCUCCGCCUCGCCGCCGACCAGCAGGAACAGGGCGUGAUGGGGGGGGACACCCUCUUCAACCAGGUUCGCCCCAAGAUCAAGUGCGAGCAAUCGUACGGCACCAACUCCAGUGACGAGUCGGGAUCCUUCUCCGAGGGUGACAGCGAGUCGUGCCGAGUCGAUCAAGGGCGAGAGGUAAAACUUCCUUUCCCUGUUAAUCAAAUCACAAAUCUUCCACGGAACGACUUCCAAAUGAUGGUAAAAAUGCACAAACUGACCUCAGAGCAGCUGGAGUUCAUCCAUGACAUCAGGCGGCGGAGUAAGAACCGCAUCGCAGCGCAGCGUUGUCGCAAGAGGAAGCUUGACUGCAUCAUGAACCUGGAGUGCGAGAUCAGAAAACUGGUGAACGAGAAGGACAAGCUGCUGACGGAGAGGAACCAGCUGAAGGAGUGUAUGGGCGAGCUGUGGGAGAACUUCUCCUGUCUGUCCCAGGAGGUCUGCAGGGACAGACAGCUGAGUCCUGAGCAGGUCCAGUCCCUGAACCACCACUGCCCUGUCCUGAAGCCCGGCACCACCAACGCCACCACCACUGCCAGCAACGCUGCUUCUAACAGCAUUGACCUCGUCACCCACUCCAGCUCAGCCACCCCGGAGCCCAGCUUCCUCAAGUCCUCCGGGCCCUCAGAGAGCGAGCCUGAUUGGGCCAUGGGCAACGGGGCUGAUGGGGGGCCAGGUAGCAAUGAGACGGAGGGCCAGGAGCCAAGUUUAUACAUGGAGUCGGGGUUCUCGUUCAAUGAACAGUCCAAUCAGACGGUGACGGUAGACUUCUGCCAGGAAAUGACUGAUAAAUGUACAACUGACGAACAGCCGAGAAAGGACUGUACUUAGUAAACUGUGGUUUUAAUGUUUUUUAUUAUUUAAUUUGAGUUUUUAUUUUCUUCUGACAAACCCCUUCCUCUGGGUUGGUGAGAAGUUCAGCCUCUACCAGUGUUCUUUAAACAACAUGUUUUUUGUUGUUGUUUUUUUUAUGUCUUUUUAGUCUUUUUAUAGGUUGACACUACAGUUGUCUUAACAGCAAUACUGUUCUACAGGUAUUCUCCUCUCUGUAACCAGAACAGAAUAUGGACUUCCCACACAAAACUCCGCUCACAAUGGUGCUCCACCAUGCCCCGUCAGGAAGCAACCUCUACAGUGGACACACUGUUCUCUAUCUAUAGUCUACUCACAGGGAUGGGCAAAGAUCACAUCUUCAAUUCAAACCUCAAUGGACCGAACAGCAGCACUCUUUGUCUCUUGAUCUACCUACAGUUUCUAUCUCUCUGUCUCUCUCUUUCUUUGUCUUUCUAUUUCUCUCGCUCUCCCUUUCUCUCUCUCUCUCUCUCUCACUCUCUCCUACUCUGUCUAUUUUCCUAUCACUAUUUCUACAUCUAACACUAUCUUUCUAUUUCUCUAUCUCACUAUCUUUCUAUUUCUCUAUCUCACUAUCUUUCUAAUUCUCUCACUCUCGCUUGUGGCUCUUGUCACAGCAAUUCAAACUCAGGAAAAUAUCUUCUGAAUGUUCAACGUGAUUCAUGAAAAUAAGAAUUCAGCUUCUGUAUAUGAGAGGUUUCUGAAGCAGACUGUAAAUGUUCAUAUGCAAAAAUGUAUUUUGUAUAGCAAAACGAUGUGUACAGACAGUACCUUAACAUUCCUCCUUUGCCUUCCUCAGCACUGAAACGAAAGAGAAAAACGAACGAUUUGGCAGGUGGUUCCCAAAUAGCUAUGUUCCCACACAUCAGCAAAAUCAUUGUAUUUGGAUGUUGUAAUGGUAACUUUCAAGUGCUUGCUUGGGCAGAACGUAAUAACGUAUAAUGUAUGGCGCAUGGUGACUGUCACAGUAAUAUUGUACAGGUAGUGGCUUAGACAUUUAUUUUUCACUGGGGUUAUAUCAAGUACCUUUUUGCUAAGGGAAAUAUUUGCUUAGCUUUUUCCUGAUUAAAGGAAAAUUAUUCAUAAAGGUGGGUGUUCUUAAACUCAGGAAAUCAGCUUGACACACACACACACACACACACACGGAUGUUGCUGGCGAGGACAGUGUAAAGUAUGUUAUUAAUCCGUGGCUUGCGCAACAUCCUUUCAAACUUUGACACCUCUUUAAAUGUGAAAAAUAGUUUAGGCUUGUUGUGUUUUUGAGGAAACUUUCUUUCUUUUUAUCAGUAUUUAAAGAUGCUUUAUGUAUGAUGGUGACCCCUCUCUCAGACACCCUUUGAAUAUCUUCAGUGUUAUGUUUCAAUGUUGUCAAGAAAUUUGACAAUAGACACCUUUUCAAGCUGAGGGACAGAUAUUCUGUCUGUAACAAAAAAACAAAACAAAAUAUUUAUAUUUGACUAAGGAUACUUUCUCCAAUGAAUCUGGGCUCAAGAUCAGGCACUUUCCUUCCAGCACCAGACACUCCAUUGUAACUAGAUCCUAUAGCACUUCAUAGAGGGUCUACGUCAGGUUCAGAACCCUGAAAACACUGAUGCUGGAGCACUUGAAUUGGCACUUAAAUUAAAACAUCUUAUUAAUAUAAAUAUAUCUAUGAAGACAUUAUAUUCAAAAACCUAAAGCAAUCAGAUGUAUUAUAAAAAAGAAAGCCAACAUAACAUUUAGAGAGUGUUCACAUCUUAUAUUUGUUUUUCUUUAAGAAUGAAUCAUUUAUUUGGGACUUGAGUUCACGUGAAAGCAUGAUAUAGUAACAUGUUUGCCCUGAUUGUACAUUUGUUGAAAUCAUAAUAUUCUGUGAUGUGAAUGCAUGCUGCCUGUAUAUUUUACCUAGUUAUUUUGUCUAGCUUAUGUUUGCUUCUAACAAUAGUCCUCAGCUAAAUUAUUUAGUCCAUCUUUUGAUGAACAAUAUUUAAGCAGUAAGGUCCCUCGGGGGUUUGUGAUAUAGGGCCAAUAGACUAGAGCUAAUGGCUGUUCUUAGGCAAUGAGGAGUCCCUGGACACAGCCCUUAGCCGUGGUAUAUUGGCCAUAUAUCACAACCCCCUGAGGUGUCUUAUUGCUGUUAUAAACUGGUUACCAACGUAGUUAGAGCAGUAAAAUUAAAUGUUUUGUCUUAGCCAUGGUAUACGGUGUGAUAUACCAUGGCUGUCAGCCAAUCAGCAUUUAGGGCUCGAACCACCCAGUAUAUAAUUACAUUUAUAACAUAAAUAUACAGAAAUAAUACUUGUAUCUGUUUAACAGGGAUGUACUUGAAAAUACAAAAAAUGAGAAAUAGAGACAGAACCUGUCUUUACAGUGAGUGAAUUCAAUUGGAAUAAAAAGCUUUACUCAUAGCUUUAACUUCAUUCAGGAUGAAAAGCUAUACAGUGUCGGAAUGAGCGAUAUUAUAAACUGAGUGGUUUGAGCCCUGAAUGCUGAUUGGCUGACAGCCGUGGUAUAUCAAACCGUAUACCGCGGGUAUGACAAAACAUGUACUUUAACUGCUAUAAUUACGUUGGUAACCAGUUUAUAAUAGCAAUAAGGCACCUUGGGGGUUUGUGGUAUAUGGCCAAUAUACCACAGCUAAGAGCUGUAUCCAGGCACUCGGCGUUGCGUCGCGCAUAAGCACAGCCCUUAGCCAUGAUAUAUCGGCCAUAUACCACCCCCCGUGCCUUAUUGCUUAAAUAUACACCUUGAUGACUGUCUGCAAAUUCUUCUUGGCGUUACUCUGUUGCACCCUCUUGGACACAGCUGUGUAAUACUUUCGUCUUGACUGAUAUCGAAAGCUGUUGUGAUAUUAGAGUGCAGCUUUGUAGAAUAUGUCUGUGUUUCGCAGUGUGCUGGUCUGAGUAUUUGACCAUUUAGAUAAGGUUCCCUAAGAUUUAGUUAGAUCCGUAUACAGUCAUACACAGACAACUAAAACAUGCACCCAAAUAUUAAUACACACACAAUGUAUGCCCAACGGCGUCUGUUCCCCGGGCGCCGAUGACGUGGAUGUCGAUUAAGGCAGCCCCCCGCACCUCUGAUUCAGAGGGGUUGGGUUAGAUAUGGAAGACACAUUUCAGUUGAAUGCAUUCAGUUGUACACCUGACUAGGUAUCCCCCUUUCCUAAUGUAAGGAAGGAGUGUAGAGCAGUUGUAAUUGUUGUUUGUGAGGUUCUUCUUCCACUUUGGCUUUUCUCUGAUUCCAAUGCUAUCACUGAAUUGGAACAAUAUACAUCAGUCUCCAUUUACAGGUACAAAACAGGAAACACAUUUGUCAAAUCAUAUACAAUAAAUGUACCUUUUCUUUCUCGUUUUUGACGUAAAAGUGGAAAGCAUAAUGGUCCACCAGAAAAGCACACUCUCAUUAGGCUACACUUUGACAAUGUGGGGGAAAAUGGAUUGAAAUUCAUAAAGUUUCUAUUGUCCUCGGCCCAUCAAAGCUAUACCAACAGAUAUCUUUCAAUGUCUGUUGUUAGAUGGCCUUAUAAUGCUAUUAGGAUUAAUAUCGAUGUUAUUCUUUGGAUAGCAAUGAGUGCAUAGCCUAUUUCUGGUUUGUACUGUAUGUACAAUAAUUCAUCAUUGUUUAUUCUCUUCCUAGAGCCCCAAGAUUGAUAUACAGUAAAGGUUGGCGGAUGCAGAUAGAAGCCCACUGGGCACAGACAUUAUUUCAACAUCUAGUUUUGAUAUACAUUUGGUUGAGUUGUCGACUAAUGUAAAUGCAAUGUGAAAUCAAUAAAAAACGCUUACCAUGUCAUUGGAUUUAGGUUAAAAGCUGGGUGAAAAAAUGUGCAAAUCCAAUCAGUUUUCCACAUUGAUUCACUGUCAUCACAUUGAAUUGUUUUGUUGAAAUCACAUGGAAAGAACAUUGAUGCAACCAGUUUUUGCCCAGUGGGAGGUGAUACAAAGUAAUGAGAGUUUUUUAAUGUAGCUCCUUACGCUGGUCAACUGCCAGUCCAGACCUCUUAGCUCUCUAGUCCUGAGAGAGCUACUCCAUGCUUGCUAUGCUGUAUGGGGUGUUACUAUGGUGACCGAUGGUUGAAAGUAGUACAUGGUCGGGUCAUCUCUACAGUUACCCCAAGCAUUACGGGUCAAAUAAGCUUGUUGUGUGUCAUCAUCUCAUUCACACAGAUAUUUGUCUGGUUGACCUAAACCAGGACUAGUCAUUGGUCUUGUAUAUCGUCUCAGGGUGCCAAGCAUUUUAUUUCUCCAUUUCUGAAACUGUAGCAGACUUUUGUACUUUAGCUGGUUUCUGGCUGUGUUUGAGUGUCUGAAAGUUUAGCUCACUUCUAACCUCUGGUCUUAUACUCCUGAAGCUAAUUUCUACAAAUGCGGAAUAAUAAGCUUUGCACAAUACAGAUCAAAGUCAUUAAGAGCUGCAGAGAGAGUACUCAAUACAUUGGAGUAAACAUACAUAUAUAUUUGAAUUCUGUUUUGGUAGUAAAUACAUUUUUUUUCUCUCUCUCAAGUUCCUUACCUCUGCAGUUUUUUACAAGCCAAAACUCAACAAACAGUAAUGUUAUUUGAUUUGUUAGCUGGCUAUGGUAAUUAGUUGGUGGAUAUUUGUUAGAUGCCAGAUGCAUUGAAUUCAUUAUCUUUUUCAGAGGCUUUUGUGCUGUAUUCAUUUCUCGUUUUGUUUCACUGUUUUUUUGUUUUUGUUGUUUUUGUGUGCUGCUUUGAAAGAAAAAACACUGUCUCUCCAACUCCAAAGGUUGUUCUUUUGAAAAGAUGAACAAAGCUUGCCUUUUUCACAAAUUGCUCAACUUUAUAAUAUAAUAUACUGGUAUCCUGAUUGAAUGCACAGGCUGAGAUCAUUUUAGGAGUAAAAGAAAAGUUUGAUAUGUUUACAAAACGGUAUCACAUGUCAUGAUGUGUUUAUUACAUUUGUCAUGUAAAUAGAAAUUGCUCGGUUAAAAUUGGACUGAAGGUUAGUUUUCUGUAAACAAAAAAUGAUGUGUUUUCUCAACUUGUCUUUUCAUUCAACUGGGGAUGUUUCAGAGUUACAUGGAUACAAGUGCACCUCCAAUUUUUGCCUUAGAACUUGCAGAGGCCAUAGUUCACAUUCAAGUGAAGUGAGUGUAUGCAGGGGCCUACGCCCCCCCAUCCCUGAGUCACACCCAGUGCAGACCUUCUCACACUUAUCUACCUGUGAAAUCCUUCAUACCUCUCAUUACUGGUCAAUGACUGUAUCAGCAAACUUCAUCAGGUGUUUUUUCUACAUGCUUUUUACACAGAUUAUAUGGAUUAUUGUAUUAGUAGAUUUUGGUUCAUUAUUUUUAAUGUAAAAGCUCUUUUACAUUAUUUUUUCUCUCGUUUUUCUAGAACAGUUUUUUGUUAAUAUUGUCAAUUUGAAAUAGCUGUAAUUUGCUUAUUCUCUAUUAAGAGUUCUUACCCUUUUCAUUUUGAAAUGCUACACGACCCUAAUGAAUUAAAAUGACUUAUUAACCAUUUUAAACACGGUAUUGUGCAAACCCCAUUUUCAUUCAUUUCAACUGCUAGCGUUAUAUAAAUGACAUUUUUGUCUAGACACCAUUUCUGUUUAUGAAAUAAAGAAACAUAUCAUGUGCA